GAGCAGGUGGUGGUGGUGACUACGAUAGAGUACGAUACUACACCUACACACUUACAUCAGGAUGUCCUCGGUGUCUGUACUCGAGCAAUUAUCGAACCCGCUAAUCACUUCGAACCAGCUCCUGAAUUUCAAGAGCCUCGAGAGCGAAGAAGAUCAGUCUCUACGAUUCGCCCAGUAUCAACUCACAUCCGCUGCUGGCAUCCUACUACGACUACGGCAGGAAAUCAUAGCCCAAGCCAUCGUACUCCUCCAAAGAUUCCUCGUCGCAAGCUCACCAGAGGAGCGCGAAGGUUUCAGUGCAAAAACAUACUCUGCCGCAGCGAUUUUCCUCACAGCCAAGAUCUCUAUUACACCCGUCUCGCCUCGGUCGGUGGUCAAUAUGUAUGCCUACCUCACCUCGAAAGCCUCUCCACUCGGGUUCAUCAACGCGGGCCAAGAACCUUUAAAAGUCGAGCCUGCGGAAUACUAUGUGACAGAAGGGACGUACGAGAAAGAAAGGCAACGCCUCUUUGUAUGUGAGAGCAUGAUUCUGGCAGGUAUCGGAUUCGAUGUACGAGUAUUUCUGCCCCAUGGCCUAGCCCUGACAUAUCUGAACGCCUUGGGUGUAUCCUCGAAAAAGGUAUGCCGGCGAGUAUUCGAACAUCUGAACACAGGGCUGUUGUCGCCUCAGCUGCUAUACCUUACACACCAGCCGAACGCAUUGGCGGUUGGCGCAAUUUACCUGGCUGCAAGAGAAACCGACACCAAAUUGGUCGGGCAGAAUUGGUGGCAAGUUUUCGACGUCGACAGAGAAGAUCUUGGAUUUUUGGUCCUGGCGUAUGGAAGUAUCGCCAAUUUUGCAGAAAGUGAACUCGAGAAGUGGAAGCAAGGUCCUCUUUCGUUGGGUUGAACUGGAACGAGAUGUCAACAUUCGAACAUGCCCCCUGUCUCCUACAACAAACGAGUCGUACCGCGGUAGUACUGUGUGACGUACGGACCACUAUGGGUUCAUCUAUCUGUCGAGUUGUCCUAUUCCCUCGAUCGAUCCACGCGAUGACGGAUCAACGUCGACUGGCUGACAUCCAUAAAUUACGCUGUUUCCUCCUAGGUCAAUUCUGAAAGCCUAGACCGGAGCCGCCGUAACGACGCACAAGCUAUCAAUAUGUUGAGGAAAGCCCAUCAUUGUCCAGCACGAGGCCUAGUUUGUUUGAGCUUCGAAUCAAAGCGUUGGAGAUGAUGUGACAUCUCCUUUCUGCCUCUAGAUCCGUGGGUUACCAAGGGUGAGUAUCGCCAUACAAUCCUCCUACUACUCCUUGUAGGCAAUUCUUCCCGUAAAACGAUCGACUUGUUCUUUUGGAAAGAAAGCGCUGCCAUCUUCCAUGUUCAAUACCACUGGCUCCAAUGUCUUGCGACAUGUCGAAUAUCUAGAACUUCUGGGAAAGGUCAACGAUGUGUACAAGUCCAUGUUGCGUGACAAUCUCGAAGUGUAAGUCUGGGUUUUGGUGUCUCGUCAUGACCAUCACUUGUAGCUGGCUUUGUUUGUAUCUUGACGGACUGAGUGGGCGGCAUAACACAAUCACGAAAGCGAAAAGAGGAAAAUGUUGUUGUGGAAGGUCUCAAUUCCAUCUAAACUCAUCAUCCUGUUGCAAACUGCAGAGACCUUCCACUCCCCCAUUGGGUCAUCGCCAGCGACGACCAUAAAAAGACAAACGAAAAACCCCAAGAACCAACGCCCCCAAAUUCCAACCCAAGCAAAAAAGGAAAAAAAAGCAAAAGCACAAGCACAAGCAAGAAACAAACCCAACCACCCAAACGCCAACCCAAGCAAAGAGAAAAAAACACAACGACCCAGCACCCCCCAAAUUCCAAUCCAAGCAGAGAAAGACCCCAAUACCCAUACCCAUCGACCCCAUAUCCCUAGGAGAACGUCCUUCCUAUCGUCCAUUUUCUCUCCAUCAAAAGAUCAUGGACGUUCUCCUAGGGUUGGUUUGGAGGCCAGUUCAGGAGGCGAGGGUCAAUGGGCAUAGCCGGCGGCGGCGGCAGCGGAGGAGCAGCAGCAGCAGCAGCAGCAGGAG